UUUUGUCGUUACGCUCCAAGAGUGAAGCGGCGCGCGGGUUCUGCUGCCACCCGCGUGACGUAAUCAAUGCGGGAUUUAGAGAAUGUCGCACAGGUGGCAAGCUAGCUGACAACUGCGACGAUCUAAAGCACGCGCGACGCGCACCGAGCAGCACGCGCCCCACACAAUAGUCAUGAGAACAAAAGCCGCGCGCCGCGCUUUAUCUGAUUCAUGUUAAUGCGCGAGGACUAUUUGUUUGGCGGAUGGUUACUCUGGGAUAGGGAAGGCAGUUCCUGGUGAGCGCGAGGCGUUAGCGUGUUUUUUGUGUUUGCUAAAGUCUCGCAGGAGGAAGAGGAGCAGAGCGGGGAGGACUCACUGCGGAGAAACAGAGAGAGAGAGGGGAGUGAAUGGGCACGACUCAGCCAGCUCCUCAGCGGCGCUGCGCCCUUCAUCCCAUCCACACCGAGCGAUCCCCGAACUGAGACGCUUCCACCCCCGCGCGGGUCCGUGGAGCUGGCCCCCCGGGCCCCGGAGCGGCGGAGCCAGCGUGAUGGGACAUAAGUGAGGCAGCAGCCUGGAUCGCAGAGCAGCUGCAGCAGCCCCGACGGAGGAACAAACAAGGAAGCGCUGAGCUGAAGCUAACGGCUAAUAGCCGAAGCUAACGGCUAACUGUUGGCUAACAUCGAUUCUAAUGAGCCAGCGAGGAGCAUGCGAGCUAGCAGGAAGAGCUGACUUGUUUGGGGAUGUCGGGCAGUAAGGCGCUGGGCGGGGGGGCUGGCAGCGGGGCGAGGCGCAGGCGGACCCGGUGCCGGCGCUGCCAGGCCUGCAUGAGGACGGAGUGUGGAGAGUGUCACUUCUGUAAGGACAUGAAGAAGUUUGGAGGGCCGGGGAGGAUGAAGCAGUCCUGCCUGCAGAGACAGUGCACAGCGCCCGUGUUGCCUCACACCGCCGUGUGCUUCGCCUGCGGCGAGGCGGGGAAGGAGGACACGGUGGACUCGGAGGAGGAGAAGUUCAGCCUCUGUCUGAUGGAGUGCACCAUCUGUAACGAGAUCAUCCACCCCAGCUGCCUCAAGAUGGGAAAAGCUGACGGAAUCAUCAACGAUGAAAUCCCCAACUGCUGGGAGUGUCCAAAGUGCCACAAGGAGGGGAAGACCAGUAAGGACCAGCAGGACGGGUCGGGCAAGAGGAGGCUGGAUAACGGGGAGGUGGGCCGUUGGAAGCUCACGGACGAGCCUCCACCUAAAAAGAAAGCCCCUCCUCCACUGGAGGAGGCCGCCAGGGGGGAGGGGGGGCACAAGAGGAAGAAGGAGAAAGAGCAGCCUCUGGAGAGCGGUCCGAAGAAGAAGAUUAAAGGCGCGCACGAGAAACGCCUGAAAAAGAAACCCAAACAGGAGGCGGAGUCAAACGGGCCCACGUCUGGAGGAGCAGCAGGAGGCCAGCAGAGUUCCUCCUCCUCCCAGCCUGUAGGGGGCGGCGCAGGAGCAGCGGGGGCGGCGUCCAAUGCAGACCAGCGCUCUCAUCACAGAGAGAAACUGGAGCGAUUCAAGAGGAUGUGCCUGCUGGAGCGCCGGCCCGAGUCCUCCUCCUCCUCUUCCUCCAGCUCCGAGUCAGACUCCGAGUCCGAUUCGGACGACUCCCUCAGGGGGGAGCAGGGGGGAGGGUCUUCGCCUUCGUCGUCCUCCCCAGCCCCACCUCCUCCUGUCGUCUACGGCAACAGCGGCGGGAGCCGGGCAGACAGGGAGCGGAGCCGCAGCGAGCGGGAGAGGGCGCGGCGGCUGGCGGAGCUCGGCUUCAGCGCCAGCGAGGAGUCCGAGGGGGAGGGGGGCAGGGGGGAGGAGGAAAGGGAGGAUGAAGGGGGCGGGGACAAAGGACGCAGGCGCGGAGGAGGAGACGUCUCCUCACGAGGACGGAAAUCAGGUCUGAUGGACACGGAGGAGGAGGAUACUCCCCCGUCUGAGAGGAGCAGAAAGAACUCCGCCUCCCUCCCCCCGCCCUCCCCCCUCUCCUCCAACCUCAUCCCCCCCUCCGCUCUGCACGACGGCUUCACCAAGCAGCGCAGCAACGGGCAAGAGACCCGGAACGGGCGGACCCGAGGCGGGACGGGGGGCGGGGAGAAGGAGAACGCCAGCGGCAUUCUGACCAAUCAUAGACACGCCGCAGGGGGCGGGGCCAAAGGCAGCCGCGGCAACAAAAUCCGCAACAGCAAGAACCAGAACCAGAGGACCAGCGUCUCCUCUUCCUCCUCCUCCAUCCCCACCUCCAACGGGGGGGGCAUGGCGAGCAGCGGCCUGCUGAUGUCGGCCAUGGCGGCGUCGCCCUGCCAGCCUUCACGUCUCGCCCCGCGCUCUCAGAUGAUGAAGCGCAGCCCGCCGGCGGUGCCCUCGCCGCCCCGGCCCGUCCAGAUGGAGAGGCACCUGGUGCGGCCCCCUCCCGCCUGCCCGGAGCCCAGCUGCCUGCUGCUGGACUGCGGCUCCGCCCACAUCAUGACCCGGGACGCCUGGCUGCGGGUCUUCACCUACCUGAGCCAGAGGGAGCUGUGCGUUUGCAUGCGGGUCUGUCGGACCUGGAGCCGCUGGUGCUGCGACAAGAGGCUGUGGACGCAGAUCGACCUGAGCCGCCAGCGCUCCAUCACCCCCCCCAUGCUGAGCGGGAUCAUCCGCCGCCAGCCCGUCUCCCUCAACCUGGGCCACACCAACAUCUCCAAGAAGCAGCUGAUGUGGCUCAUCAACCGCCUGCCAGGUCUGCUGGAGCUGGACGUGUCCGGCUGUCCCUGGACGUCCGUCUCUGCUCUCUGCCAGGCCGUCUGUCCCUGCCUGAAGCUGCUGGACCUCAGCAGGGUGGAGGACCUGAAGGACUCCCACCUGAGGGAGCUGCUCGCCCCGCCCCCUGAGUCCCGGACAGCUCACAGCGAGAGCAGAGCGGUACGCUUCCAGAACAUGACAGAGCUGCGAUUGGCCGGUCUGGAUCUGACGGACGCGGCGUCCCGCCUCCUGGUGCGGCACACCCCCCACCUCACCCGCCUGGACCUGAGCCACUGCGUCAACAUCACGGACCAGACGGUGCGGAACCUCACCGUCUCCCCCCUGAGGGAGAGCCUCACCCACAUCAACCUGGCAGGCUGUGUGAAGCUGACGGAGCAGAGCGUCCAGCUGCUCCAGUGCUGCUCCGCCCUGCAGACCGUAGACCUGCGCUCCUGCUCCCUCCUCUCCGCCGAGUCUGGACAGCUGCUCUCCUUCCCCUUCCAUUCCGCCUCCUCCUCCUCUUCCUCCAACACGGCCUCCUCCUCCUCCUCAGCCCCCACCGCCGUCGCUGCUCUCUCCUCCUCCGCUGCUCCUGACGACAGAACGCUGCUGAAGAACAGCUAAGCCCUCUGGGUCAUGUGACAGCUGCUGUGCUCAGCCUCUAAGCCCCGCCUCCGUCCUCGUUACACUACAGACCAGCGAGGAAGAUGAGGAUGAGGAGGGUACUUGGUGAAGGUGAAUCGUAACCCUGAGCAUGUACAUAUUUCUGGGUGUUUGUAUAUAUCUGUAGUUUACUGUAAAUGACCUUUGACCUCCCAACACUCCGCCCCCCUCCCUCCUGCGACCAAUCACGGCGGCCCGUUCAUCAGACCCCCCCCCCCCCGACCAGACCCGGAAGCAGGUUCUGCUCCUGCUGCUGUAAGAUCAGAACCUGUGAUGAGUCCGGUUGGACGUUUACUUCCUGUUUAAACUGAGCCUCAUCAGAACCCCCCUCCCCCACUUGUUUCUCAGGUUUUUUUGUUUUGUUUUUUUAAUUCAUUUGGCGGCGCCGCAGCACUUCCCGUCUGAUCCAAUCCCACCGGUUCUGGUCCGCUUCUGACCACCCUGGUUCUGAGUUGUGGGUCGGUUCUGGAGGAGACCCAGAACUGGUUUAUGUUCUGGUUGGGAUGACUUCUGAUGAGGCAGAUUGGGUCGGAGCGGUACCUGGUGGAGCCACGCCCCCCUGGCACCUCCUCAGCUGGUUCUGAUCAGUGUUUCUCCCGACAUCUGGUUGGUUCUGAACGGGUUCUUCAUAAUCUGGGUGGGUUCCUGGUUCUGACCUCUAGCAGAACGUUUGGACCCGAUUGGAUCCAGGAUUUGUAAAAUGAAACCGACCCGUUUUCUGACCCGCUCAUCAGAACCAGUUAGAGAACAGAGCCUGACGCUGGUACCAAUAGAAAAGGUUCUGAAUCUAAUCCCUGGCUGUUAGAACCAGAACCAGAAGUCGCCCUCCCUUCUGGGUCACAGUGAGCCGUACCGGACCUUCAGCAGAACCCAUUAAUUCUGAUCCGGUUCCUGUCCAGCUGUGGUUUAAAGAACCAGCAGAGAGCGGAGGGAAGAUUCUGAACCGGACUGGUUCUGAUCCGCCGGCGUUUCCGGGCCUGCUGGAGGGGGGGGGCGUGGACCCGUCCAUCUAUUCCUGAGAGGGAAGCAGGGUUCUGAUUGGUUCUGCUUGUCAGUGGUACCAGGAGGUUCUGGCUGACGGGCUGAAUGUGGCGGCUCCUCCGCCCUCGUUGUGCCAUAAAUGUUUUUUUUUAUGUGUUUUUCAGUUGUUUAUUUUUCCGGGGGGGGGGGGUCUGAUUGGACGAACAUAUCAGUUUGGAUCUCGAUGCACUGGAUCAACCCAACGUUGCCCUGCUUCAUGUUUUGGCCAAAUGUUUUUUUUUGUUUUUGUGAAAAAGGGCAUUUCAUGUUUCUUUGUGUUUCGGUUUGUUUUUAUAUUUUGUCCACGACUCUUCCGACGCGUCGACGGGAAACCAGGAAGACUUCGGAACAAACGCUGAAAACAGACAAAAAAAAAGACCAACUCAAGGCAGCUACGUAUGAAUGACUACUGUACCACGAAUAAAGAAGCAAUGGGUUUGUUUUUA